AUGGCCUGCAACGUUGAGCACUCCGUGGGCGACAUCAAUCUAUUCAACAAACCGCAAUGGACACAGUUGGCUGACUGGGGAUACAAUCGUGCACUGCCAUCCGUGACUGACAGCUGCGUUCAUGAACUAUUCUCGAACCAGGCGCGGGCCACCCCCAAUGCACCUGCCAUCUGCGCCUGGGAUGGCCAGCUCUCCUACAAGGAUGUCGACGAACUCACCGAUCGUCUCGCCGCCACACUCGCCAGGCGGGGUGUUGAAAGGGGAUCCCUUGUGCCACUCUGCUUUGAAAAGAGCAUGUGGACUCCGAUAGCAAUGCUGGCAGUCCUGAAAGCCGGUGGCACAUGUGUUUCCAUGGAUCCCUCCCACCCUGCCAGUCGCCACGCCCUGCUCAUCGCGGCCACCGGGGCCAAGCUGGUCCUGACCUCGGAGGCGCAAUUGGCACCAAACUCUGUCGGUGCGGUGAAUGCAGUCAGUAUUGGCCCUAAGGCCGUUGCAGGGCCGAGUCCUCGGACAAACCAGCCUUGGCCUGGCCAGCGUUCAGCCCCUGAAACCCCAGCAUUUGUGGUGUACACCUCUGGAAGUACAGGCACGCCCAAGGGAGUCGUGCUGCCACACCGAACUGUUUGCACCAGCAUGAAAGCCCAUGGCACUGCGUUGCAGAUCGGCCCAGGCUCCCGCGUGCUGCAAUUCGCUUCGCAUGUGUUUGAUAUCAGCCUUCAAGACAUGUUCUCCACGCUGACGAGAGGAGCCUGCGUGUGCAUUCCAUCCGACCACGACCGCCUGAAUGACCUGGCCGGGGCGAUCAAUACCCUCAACGUCAACUGGGCGUGUAUCACCCCGACAGUGGCUGGGAUUCUCGACCCAGAGACUGUUCCUACCUUGACCAACCUCACGCUGGCGGGCGAGGCUGUGACCCAGCAGGUCGUUGACCGAUGGGCUGGCUCGCCACAUCUCCAGAGCUUCAACAACUGCUACGGGCCCGCGGAAUGCACCAUCUACUGUUCCUGGAAUGGCUCAGUAGGCCGACCAGGAAUGAGUCCAGCAAACAUUGGGCGCGGCCUCGCAAGCAAACUAUGGCUCGUCGACGAGGCCAACCACAACCAACUCGCGCCUCUUGGAGCUGUCGGCGAACUGGUCGUGGAAGGGCCUCUUGUGGCGCAAGGCUAUCUCCACGUCGACAGCGACGCCUUCAUCAUGGAUCCCGCCUGGGCCUCGACGGGCGAUCGUCGCAUGUACAAGACCGGAGACCUGGCCCGAUUCAACUCUGACGGAACCCUCGAUUAUCUCGGGCGCAAGGAUGCGCAGGUCAAGCUGCACGGCCAGCGCCUUGAACUGGGCGAGAUCGAACAUCAUAUUGCCCGGGCCAGCUCCGUGCAGAGCGCAAUGGUCCUACUGGCCCGUCAAGGACCGUGCCGUGGCAGGCUUGUUGCGGUCGUGUGUCUCGAGCACUACGCCUCUCCCACUGCCGGGGACGAGGCUGUCCAGCUUGUUGGGCAGGUCCACCGCGAAGGGGUCUGCGCGCAGAUCACGGCGCUGCGUGACACCCUCGCCGCCGUGCUCCCUUCGUACAUGGUGCCCUCGUUGUGGAUUCCGGCACCGCAGCUGCGCGUCAACAGUUCGCUCAAGAUUGACCGCGCAUCGAUUGCUCGUUGGGUCGACGCCAUUGAUGACGAUAUCCUGUCAUCCAUCACCAGACUCACAGAGCCCGACGAGCCCACGGAGAUUCUCCCCGCGCAGAGCAUCAGCCAAGUCAUGCGCGAUGUGAUUGCCCGCGUCCUCAACCUCGAGCCCAAGGAGGUCAACUUCAAUCGGUCCUUCAUCUCUCUCGGUGGCGAUUCGAUCAGCGCCAUGCAGACCGUGAGCGAGGCCCGCGACCACGGGUUGCAGGUGCGCGUGCACGAUAUCCUCAAGAGCCGAAGCCUCACGCAGUUGCUCGAAAGGGUGCAGGUCGAAGAGACCGCGGAUGUGGGCGCGGCACUGCUGGACGAUCCGGUCGAUGUCCCCUUUGCUCUGUCACCAGUUCAACAGCUCUACUUUGAGGUUUCAUCGCAGCAGCCGACGCGGUUCCACCAGAGCUUCACCCUACGUUUGUCGUCGGCGAUCAGCCCUGAGCUUGUCCCUGUCGCAUUAGAGGAGCUCGUUGCCCGUCAUACGAUGCUCCGUGCGCGUUUCCGUCAGAAGGGCAAUGCCUGGACACAGUCUGUGACUUCGCUGACGCCUGCAUCGUUCUAUAUGGAGCGCUACACCGUCAGUCUGCGCGCAGAUAUUGCUCCUAAGAUGGCCGCCGCCCAACAGGCCAUUGACAUCGUCAGCGGACCAGUCUUUGCGGCUGUCCUGCUUGCCAGCCCUGAGGCAAACCUCCUCUUUAUGACGGCCCACCAUCUGGUCAUGGACAUGGUCUCGUGGCGAGUCAUUAUCCAGGAGCUCGAAGCACGAUUGCAGAGCUCUGGCACUGCUCCACCUACGCUGGGCGACCCCCUGACCCCGUACCAAGCCUGGAGCCGCAUACAAAGCGAUCGUGCCCUGGCCAUUGAGCCCCGGAAAGCCCUGCCCUUCCGAGUGCCCCCGACGCAGCCCCGAUUCUGGGGCUUACAGGCCACUGCCAAUAUCUACGCUGACGUUGCCCAGCGUACCUUUUCCUUGGACGAGAGUACGACCAGCCACCUCCUGGGCGACUGCAACAGUCUCUUCAAAACGGAUCCAGUCGACCUGUUUAUCGCCGCGGUACUGCACUCCUUUGGCCAGACCUUCCCAGAGCGACCGCUGCCGGCUGUCUUCAAUGAAGGACAUGGGCGCGAGCCGUGGGACGAGGCAUUGGAUUUGUCUCGCACCGUAGGUUGGUUCACCACCAUGCUCCCCCUCCUCGUCUCCGACGCCCUGUCUGGGGUGGGCAGCAUCGCUGCCCAGGUCAGCAAACUGCGGUCGCAACUGGCCAACGGUCGUGACUAUUUCGCCUCGCGCUUCCUUAGUCCUGUUGGACGGCAAUCGUUCCGCAGCCACACUCCGAUCGAAGUCCUGUUCAACUACCUGGGCCAGUACCAGCAGCUUGAGCGAGCCGAGGGUGCCUUCCAGCUGGAGAGCACUGCUGACCUGGACCAGUCGCUCACGUCCGACAUUGAGCCCCAGACCCCGCGUCUGGCCCUUUUUGACAUUAAUGUGCUAGUAAUGCAGGGCCAGGCGCGUGUUACGCUGGCAUACAACAAGAAGAUGAAGCACCUCGAUCGCAUCGAGAAGUGGGCGUCGACGCUGGAGGCUACCCUGACCGAGAUUGCGGUGCAAUUCCCCGCAAUGGACCUGCAGCGCGUCCUGACCAGCUUCCCCCUGCUGCCGACACUGACGGCCGACGAGCUGAAGGGGCUGCGUGAAGAACUCCAAUCCCUUGGCUUUGACCUAGAUCAGGUGGAGGAUAUAUACCCGUGCUCGCCCGUCCAGCAAGGUCUGCUCCUGAGUCAACAAAAAGCAACCGGUGUGUAUGAGAUCGCCUUCAGGUUUGCUGUUCGCGCAAAGGGUGGUCUUUCUAAGUUGGUAGAUCCAACGAAGCUCGAGCAUGCAUGGCAUCAGGUUGUCGCCCGCCAUGCUGCUCUCCGGACCAUCUUCCUGGAACGCGGCCAUUUGGACGAGGGAGGCUUGCACACGCAGGUUGUGCUGCGCGAGACCGAUCUUCCAGUGGCGCAGCUGUCGUGUCCCGAUGGCGAGGAGGUCGCAACCCUCGCCGCGGCCAUGGAUGAAGAGCCCGUCGUGUCUAAGCACCUGCCUCGUUUCACCCUCUGCCAGAACUCCGGGGGAGGCGUGUUCUGCCAGCUCGAGGCAAACCACGCCCUCAUUGAUGCAGCAUCGAUCUCGCUGAUUGUACGUGACCUGAGCCUGGCCUACCAGGGCGCGCUUCCCGAUGAGCCAGGCCCGCUCUACAGCAGCUACAUUGAGUAUCUCCAGUCCGUCCACCAAGAGGCUGCUCUGGAAUUUUGGCAGACCAGCCUUGCAGACGUGGAGCCGUGCCUCUUCCCGGCUCUUGACAAGUAUGACGAGGGUUUCCACGCCGACCCUGACGAGCUGCGCUCCACCAAGGCCGAUUUCAGCUCGCUCGCCGGCCAUCUACACGCCUUCUGCCGCGAGAACGGGGUCACCCUAUCGAGCGUCUUCCAGAUGGUCUGGGCGAUCGUCCUCCGAAGCUAUACCGCCUCGGACGACGUGUGCUUUGGGUUCCUGGCUGCUGGACGAGACAUUCCCGUGCCUGGCAUCGCCGAGUGCAUUGGGCCGUUUAUCAAUAUCCUCGUGUCUCGCUUGACCACCACCCCGGGAGACUCCCUGCUCGACCUCGCACUGCGCAUGCAGGACUUUUACACCAGCAGCCUGGUCCACCAGCACUGUUCGCUGGCCGAGAUCCAGCACAGCCUGCCCUUGCAGCACGGCUCGCUGUUCAAUACCCUGAUGUCGAUUCAGCGUGGCUCGGCCUGGUCGGCGUCUGCUCAGGUACAGACCCAGGCCCAGGAGCCCGCGAUCGCCUUCGACAGCACCAACUCGCACGACCCCACCGACUACAACAUUGUCGCCAACGUGGUGCUCUCGGAGAGUGAGAUCUCGGUCUCGCUCAGCCACUGGAGGUCCAAGCUGUCGGACUGGCAGGCGGCGAAUAUCCUGGGCACCACCAAGGCCGCGAUCCUCAGUCUGCUCAAAUCGCCCACGACCCCCCCUUGGUCAGGUUUCCCUCUUCAGCCAGCGGGACGAGCAGCUCACACGCAGCUGGCAACACGCACUGCCACAGCCAGUGCUCAAAUCCAUUCCAGAGCUCUUUGCACAGCAAGUUUCCGCCCAGCCUCGUGCACCGGCGGUUGA